AUGUUACUCCUACAUAGUGUCCUUCAAGGAUCAUACUUCACAUUCCUUAACCUCCCGUAUGAACAACGUACAGGCUUGACUAUGGGUAUUCCUUGUUCACCAGAAAUCGCCAACCUAUACGCUGCAUUAUAUGAACAAGAGGGACCUACAAAAGCAUUUCGGGAAAGAAAAGAUGUUUUACGGUAUACUGGAUAUAUAGAUGAUAUAUCCGUAGGAAUACUGGCUGAGACCGAACAAUAGGCUCAAGUCAUGUUAGGAGAAAUACAUCUAGCUGUGUUGUCAUUCACGUGGGACGUAGUUGUAGAAUCAGAGAAACCUAGUCCGUUUCUUGAUUUGGAUUUAAUUGUUCUUUCAAACGAAUCAAGGGUAGAUUAUAAACUGUUUCAGAAGCCGUUAAAUCACUACAUGCGCAUACCAUGGGACUCCUUUCAUCCUUUAGCUGUUAAAAAAGCAGGAUACAUCAGAGAAUUAACCCAGAUAGCCACCUGCUCCAGUAAAAGAGAUUACUAUGACGCAGCGAUAUUAGAAUAUGUGGAGAUUCUGGUAGCACGUGGUUGCCCACCUCAAGGUCUUCAUUCCUGG